AUGUACAAAUGGAGAAGGAAGUUUACACUACCAAAAGUAGAAUCAUUAGCAGCAUAUGGUGUUUUAAUAAACUCCAAUGAAUUUCAACAUUUAAAAAAUCAUCGUAAUGGCUCUCUGAAUAUUUCAUCGGCUGUUGGAGUUAACGGGGACGUGUCAAUUGUAUUCGUGGACAUCAAUUUCGCAAAUCAAGUUUGCCAACAUUGUCACUUAUCUAUUGACGCAACCUUCAAAGUGGUACCAAAUGUACCAGAAGCUUCACAAUUUUUAAUACUUCGAGCAGAAACAUUCAACCACAGCAUUCCAUUCGCUUGGGCAUUGAUGGAAAGAAAGUCUACAGGCUCGUACACAGCUGUUUUAGAGGAACUAAAACGGUUGCUUCUAAAUUUUAAUGUAGUGGAAGCAAUGUGCGACUUUGAGACGGCUCUGAGAGCAGCAUUACGAAUAGCGUUUUUUGGAGUCGAAACACAUGGGUGUUUGUAUCAUCAUGUAAAGUGUAAUUGGGGAAACGUGAGAACUCUACAUCUGGAGGAAUUGCUGAUAGAGUUCCCUGAGUGCCAUAAUUUCAUAAGAUUAAUCAUGGCACUUCCUUUAUUGCCAGCAAAUGAAAUUGCCAAUGUUUAUAGAGAACUUAAAAACUCCUUGAGUGAUGAAGCAAAAGUCCACUUAGGACGAUUCUUUAUCUAUUAUGAACGCCAAUGGACCAACAGAAUUACACCCUCCGGUUACACUGUUUUCGGCCUGACCAAACGCACAAAUAACGAUUGCGAAUCAUAUAAUAGAACCUUGAAACAGCGAUUUAAAAAUCAGACUGAUAUUUGGGAUUUUACGAAGACUCUUGCUGAGCACCAGAGUGGACUUUUAAUAGAUUUGAAAUCCCUCGAAGAGGGCAACAGAAUUACAACAUUAAGAAAAUGUAAUGAAGUAUUAAAAGACCAAAAGAUUUUUGACGCGUGGUCAAAAUUGAGUCAACCAGGAGGCUACUCACGAAGACAAUUUCUGGAAGAAGUAUCAAUUAUUUUCAUUGACCCAAUUCAAACUCUUCUGAAUGAAGAAUAA